AUGAAGGCUAAAGGGAAGUCCAAUUACCUAAAACAAAAUAAGGUAUUCAUAAAUAGCGACCUAACCAAGAAAGAGAGAGGCAUACAGAAAACACUUAGGGAUCGGGCUGCUAUAGAGACAGCCAAAGGAAAUGCCGCAAGAGUGGGAUACCAGUACAUAAUAAUAAAUGGCAUAAAGCAUUCGUGGAACAAAAAAGAAAACAAAAUAGAAGAGAUCGAAAACCCGAUUAACAUUGAGCAAGAGAAUUCAAAAAACUAA